CACUACCUGGCAGUUCAACACGAAAGGUAGCCUCUUGGUCGGACAGUUUGUCCUUGGACAGAUUGGAUGCUGGCAGUAACGACCCAGGGUUUACAUGUAAAUCUUCCGUAUUCAACAUACGUGUAAGAAAAGAGGCUGUAGAAAGAGUUCACUUUUGGGGAUACUUGUCUGUGUUACAGGAGAUGAUCAAACGUGAAGAUUUCAGAUUAGACGCAAACUUUUGCAAACCACACACUGGGAUCAGCAACUUUUUUUCUACAACCUGUUUGUCGCGGUGGAAUAACAUUGAAAAUUUCACAAGAUUAGCGUACACGAAAGAUCCAACGGUAACGGCACAAAAAGUGCUCGAUCAAUAUAUUCGAAACCUUGUUGACAUUACAAAAAUGAACGUUGAUUCUGAUGUUGCAGAUCAUGUUCGCAAUCUUCGUAAAAAGAUAAUUAACACCGAACAUUUGAAAAUAAUUGGUGAUACUCUGCUGAAUUUAAUACAAGAAGAUGCAAAAAAAAGGAAAAGAAAGACUGACCAAACUCGAAAAGAUUUUCAGAGCGCAACAAAAAAUGAUAUAGAAAACCGAAAAACUGCAGGAUAUGUUAAUAGCAAGGACUUGGAUGAAGAAAUCGAAAGAUUCCUUCAAGGUCCAAACGAAAAACAACCCAAUCUGUUCGCUAAGAGACUGCGUGAACGUGAAUGUACACCGCAUGACGAAGUGCAAACUGAUACGAUAACCCAAAAAUCUGAUGAUGAUACAGAUAGAGAGAUCUGCGUUUCAGAGGACGAAUGUUCGGAAACAAGUAAUGAUGCGUCAGAUCACGAGGAGACGGUUGAAGAAGGAGAAGAAGAGGUGGAGGUGGAGACGACCGACAAUAAAAAGGCGAAAAACCAAAAUGGACAAUUCAGACUGAGCAAAAAACACCGACAGAUUGUUGAGCGGACAUUUAAUUGCAUGAAAAAGGAGAAUAUGUGGAGACUUUCUACGGGAAAAUAUGUCGAAAAGGAAUUAUUUGAUUUGGGGAAGAAGUUAGAAUUUGAACAUGCCGUGCACUCUUUCAUUGUGGAUGUAGAUGACGUAAUAAUCAGAGAGCAUUUUAACAAGACAGAGUUAGAUGAAAUUGAUAACGCCCCUGCCCCACAGGUGCCUGAGCUUUCAGACGAAAUCGUUGAAUUUCUAAACAAAUUCUGUCAUAAGACGAAGUUGGAUGACAUUAGAAUGAUAAUAAAGGAAACGAUGUUUGACGGCAGUUACGAUCGUGAAAAAGAUCACGAUAAAGAUUAUAUUAUAUACGCUAUAUAUUCGUUAGUAAGAGAAAUCCAAAACGAAAGCCUGAAAGACGUAAAUCUUGAAGCGUGGUUCAACUGUCACGUUUGGAAUGCAAUUUUUGAUCAGGCUUUUGGAGACCUAAAAACAAUAUCUGUUGUAAGAGGGGAAAGUUCAAGCUUAGCGUCGGCAUCACGAAAAAAUUCGGAGAGGAAAUCAGGGGAACGGCGAAAAAUGGGUCGCAGGGGCGACUGGAUUCUUAGAAGAGUCAGCAACGGUGUUAAAGACGAGUUUGGAGCUGGGGAAGCUGGGAAAAGUUGGUUUGAUAAAAAUGGAACGAAGGUUCUCAAGGAGAAAGGAUUAAAGUUGCCUAAAACGCUAAAAGACAUGUUAAAAAAAUUGAUGGAUAAAGUAGAUUGGGAUUCGAAAAUUCAAACGGUUGGCUACAUAUGUAGGGUUCGACAUGGUGAACCAAUGGAGGUUCCGGAUGAAGAAGAAAAUUUUUCUUCCGUCCUAGAAAUUCUAGCAUCCGUUCUGAACAUGAAGGCUGUGGUUCUGGAGACAAUGAAGGUGGUGCGUGUAAAAAACAUAAAAAACAAACAAUCAUUUAAGAAGGCUGGAUUUCGUAAGAGACCUCGAGACGAAAAUCAGAUUCGACUAUUUCCUUGCUUACCAACUCCGAAAAAACCUAAAGUAUGCGUAAAAGCAAAUGCAGAGAAAUCACAUCCAUCAUCGCCAUGUCCUGGGUCAUUACAAUCCACAUUACC